AUGGCUUCGUUUUUAUCUAUUACCAUACUUUCCUGUAAAACUAUUUCAUUAAUUUGUUUACUCGUAUCGAUUUAUUGGUAUCAAUGGUUUCGACUCGAUAUUCGAACAGUCGAUAGACAACUACUCGGACAAUUAUGUAUGUCUUAUGGUGCAUUUUGUGAUACGAAAGAUCCGAUGCCGUUACCUCGAUUGAUUGUCGUCUUGCCAUGUAUCUUGGCGUUCAUCAGUCUUUUAUUAGAAACAAUCGAUGUUAGUUUAUUGUACUUUUCGGAUUAUCAUAUCCGAUCAAUUUUAAACUUUUUUCUUGAACAAACUUGUAUAGCGCUAUCAUUUGCUGUUACAAUUCAUUGUACUUGGGUUAGUGCUGUUCAUAUACUGACUGUUCUCCUUCCCAUCGAUUGUCUUUGCUCAAUCGCACGAAUGAUGAAUAAUUGUCAGUACAAACAGAGAAAUCAAGCGAAACACGUUCAUAAAUAUCGACAGAAAUCCGUGAUCAAUAGUGAUAUUUAA